AUGGAAGCAAAGACUGCCAGCAUGAUGGCUGCUUCGAGCGAUGCAGCUGCCAGAUUGACGCCGACACAGUUGAGGGAAAUUCGCGAGGCAUUCCAAGUCCUUGAUAGAGACAACGAUGGGUCCGUGAACAAGGACGAUGUAGCUGAUGUACUUGUGAAUAUCGGCCAGGAUGCCUCGGUGGUCUCGCAAUUUUUCCCUCCAGGAAGCACCCAGACGAUCAAUUUUCCUACAUUUCUGAAUAUCUUAUCUAGUCUACUUGCGCCUCUUUCUUCUCGCCAAGAAUUGAUGAAUGCCUUGGCUGCUUUUGACGAUGAUGAUAGCGGACAAAUCGAUGUUGCAGAGCUACGCGAUACCCUCAUACACACAGCGUCGGAAGAUGGACAGCCACCGCUGACGGAGAGGGACAUCAACGAGGUAUUGAGUGGAUUCACCGGACGUAGAGUAUUCGGUGGGAAAGCCGGGAAACUGUCUGGAGCAGGAAAAAGAGGGGAGGUGUUUCGAUAUCAGGAGUUUGUUGAUAGCACCAUAGGAGGAUCAACAAGCGGGCGCCGUGACCCUGAUACCGCCGCGAGAUAG